CUUUGAGGAUGAAAGCAUGAAACUACGACAGCUGAAACUGGAGAAUCAGAGAGCUCUUCUAGAGAAGAAGCAGAGGAAGAAACGUCUUGAUCCUUUGAUGGUACAGCCAAAUCCUGAGGCAAAGCUGCGUAGGUCAAAGCCCAAAGGGUGUGAGGAGCAGACUCCUUUAGUAGAAACUCCUGCCCCUUUCAACAGUGAUGUUAUGUUACAUGGCAUUGAUGGACCAGCUGCUUUCCUGAAAUCAGAAGUGCAAGAUUUGGGGACCAAGCUCCAAAAUCUCUCUGCUGGAUCUUCCCAAACAGAAAACAAUACAGAUCAACAAAAUGGUGGAGAGGCUCUAACAGACGCAGAAGGCAAGCCAGAUCUGCAGGAAAUCUUAGAGAAACGAGGAAUUUCCGGCAGUUUGAAUUUUGAUGAGGAGGACACAGAAGAGGAAGAAACUAGUAAGAGAUCAGCAUAUCACUCAAAGUAUCCUGAAUCUGAGAGGCCUAGUUCUGCAACCAGUGAGAAAUCUUUUGCAGAAACAGGUGCUUCCUGUAGUCCAUCCCCUCAGGCAGAUGCACAGAUGGGAGAAGUAGAGAACUUAGAGGAUUUUGCAUUACGCCCUGCACCCCGUGGUAUUACAGUCAAGUGUCGAAUCACUAGAGAUAAGAAGGGAAUGGACCGGGGCCUCUUCCCUACUUAUUACAUGCAUCUGGAAAGGGAUGACAACAGAAAGACAUUCCUUCUUGCAGGGAGAAAACGAAAGAAGAGCAAAACAUCCAAUUACCUCAUAUCAGUUGACCCAACUGAUCUAUCCCGGGAAGGGGAAAGUUUCAUUGGGAAACUCAGGUCAAACCUCAUGGGAACUAAAUUUACAGUCUAUGACCAUGGAGUUAGCCCAGUCAAGGCACAAGGUCUAGUGGAAAAGGCUCAUACCAGACAGGAGCUUGCAGCUAUUUGUUAUGAAACCAAUGUGUUAGGAUUCAAGGGUCCCAGAAAAAUGUCUGUGAUCAUUCCAGGAAUGAAUAUGAAUCAUAAGCGAAUUCCAAUCCGUCCACGAAAUGAGCAUGAGAGUCUGCUCUCCAAAUGGCAAAACAAAAAUUUAGACAACCUCAUUGAGUUACACAACAAGGCUCCAGUCUGGAACGAUGAUACUCAGUCCUAUGUUUUGAACUUCCAUGGAAGAGUCACUCAGGCCUCAGUGAAGAACUUCCAGAUUGUCCAUGACAAUGACCCUGACUACAUUGUGAUGCAGUUUGGUCGUGUAGCAGAAGAUGUGUUCACUUUGGACUAUAAUUAUCCUCUCUGUGCUCUUCAGGCCUUUGCUAUUGGACUUUCCAGCUUUGAUAGUAAAUUGGCCUGUGAAUGAGAAACAACAGACUUGAAACAUGGAACUUGUUCUCAUCCCUGCAUCAUGUUGCAAGAGUUCCAGGUGGAGUAAUGAAAAGCACAUUGGGGAUGGAAGGGAAAUGGAGAACAGAUUCCUGCGGGCUUAUUAGAAUACAAAUACCAGGCCUCACUGCAUUAUGGUAGUUGAUAGCAGACCAUGUUAGGAGACUAUCCCAAGACUGAGCAGUCUUUAUAUGCAUUGUGGAAGAACAAGAAAUAUGGGUGAUGCUUUUGU